AUGUAUCGCCCACCACUAAUACUUAUAAUACAAGGCAUAGAAUAUGGUGAGGGACCAGGAAAGGAAGGGCAAAGGGGGCCGUAUAUACAGAGUGAACGUUUAGAGAUUUACAAUGAUUAUAUAAGGAAACUGCUGAAAAAUGGUUCUGCAUACCAUUGUUUUUGCACUGAGAGAAGAUUGAACAUCCUUCGUAGGGACGCAGUGAAAUUGCAACGAGUACCUAAAUAUGAUAACAGAUGCCGGAAUCUUCCACCAGAAGAAGUGGAACGGAAGAUAAAAUCAGGUGUUCCAUAUUGCAUCAGAUUUAAGUUGACCUCCGACUGCCAGUAUUACGAGGAUCUGGUGUUCGGAGCGAUAGCCUACGACGUGUCUCUGAACGAGGGCGACCCGGUGCUGAUGAAGGGGGACGGCUUCCCCACUUACCACUUCGCGAACGUGGUCGACGACCACUUGAUGGGUAUCACACACGUGCUGCGCGGGGUCGAGUGGCAGAUAUCGACCACCAAACACCUGCUAAUCUACAGGGCUUUCGGUUGGACCGCCCCCGCGUUCGGACAUCUGCCUCUCAUCGUGAACUCGGACGGCACGAAGCUGAGCAAGAGGCAGAGUGACGUCAGAGUGGAGGACUACAGGAGCGGCGGUGUAUUCCCGCUUGCCUUAGUUAAUUAUAUCACCCUUUCCGGGGGCGGUUUCGACCACGUGGUCGGUCAGGGCGUCCACCUCAAAACCAUGGGGAGCUGGCUGAAGAGUUUCAGGUUGGAACUAAAGCGGCGCUUGCAAGACCAUACGGAGAGAGAAGACUUGCUGGACCGCUUACAGAGCUUGAUAAAGGAGAACUAUCCGGGGAGGAAUUUGAACGUCUCGAGGGGUCACCUGAGGAACGUUCUCGUCUGGGCUGUUGCCAGGAUCACGAGGGUCGAGGAAUUGGCGACGGCCAAGUUCGGCUUCCUCUGGAUCCUGCCGUCCGCCGGCCAGGCGCGAGUGGACAGCCAGCUGCUGGGGAAGCUGGUGCACAGCUUGGAGGGCGUCGAGAGCUUUGACGAGGAGCCCCUGAAGGGACUGCUGAGGAGCUUCUCCGCGGAGAACGGAGUCCAGUUCCCCGUUUUGAUGAAGAUGCUGCGAUCGGCUCUGAGCGGUCUGAACGAGGGGCCCGGAGUUGCGGAGAUGAUGCACCUCUUGGGGAAGAACCAGUCGCUGGAGAGAAUAAAGGCUGCCAUAAGA